GGAAGUAAAAGGUUGUUUUAAACUGAAUGCAAAAUAUCUAGUCUUUUUUCAUUCUCAUUUUGAUUUCUAACUGCUGUGUUCCAACACCGGCAUUAUAAAAUUAGGUGUAUUCCCUAUGUCUCGGCUUUCUCUUUCAAAAUAUUUUGAUGGCCAUUUCUUUAUUAAUAUUUUGAGCUUACCAACAGAACUUUUUUGUCUUUUUCAAACCGGAAAUUACAAAGUUUAGACUUCACAGUGAUAUUGCCUACAAAAGAGAAAAGAAAAAAGUCAUAAAACCAACCUCACGCAAUGACCCGAAACUGGAAGGACUACAAGUGAUAUGCUUCUUUUGUUCUGUUGCCCAGCAAGACUCAAGUAGCUGGAGGUAAAGCAGAGUUACCUGAGUUUGUAGGCUGGGGAGAUGGCUGUUAAAAGAAUCUUUUAAGGCAGUUACUGAUGGACUGGAUUAAUUCAACCCUGAAACAGGAACACAUAAUAAUAAAAAGCCUGGAGGAAGAUCUAUUUGAUGGCCUGAUACUUCAUCAUCUCUUAGAAAAGCUAGGAUCUCUCAACCUAGACGUAGAGAAGAUUGCACUGACAGAAAACAAGCAGAGACAGAAACUUACUGUGAUUCUAGAAGCUGUGACCAAGUGUUUGCAAGUAGAGGAAAGCCAGCUGAAAUGGAGUAUUGAUUCUAUUUUGAAGAAGGAUUUGCUGAGCACAUUGCAUCUUCUGAUUGCCAUAGCAAAGCACUUCCAGCCUGAUCUGGCUAUCCCUCCAAAUAUUCAUGUGGAAGUAGUAAUAAUUGAGCGUACAGCGAAAGGCCUAAAGACGGAAAAUGCUGUGGAAUAUAUCACAGAUUGCAAGGAGACUUUAGAAGAUCAGUCAAAUACUGAUGCUUUUGAUGAAUUAUUCACCCAUGCUCCUGACAAAUUGGAAGCUGUAAAAGAGGUAUUUUUGCAAUUUGUCAACAAACAUGUUGGAAAAUUAGGAUUAAAUGUGAAGGAUUUUGAAAAUCAGUUUGCAGAUGGUGUCAUCUUACUGUUGUUAAUUGGACAACUUCAAGGUUUUUUCUUGAAUUUAAGGGAUUUCUUCCUAAAUCCAAGUUCUGAAACAGAAAUGUUUCACAAUGUUAACCUUGUCAUGGACUUGCUGACAGAUGAAGGAGUUCUAAAUGUUCCUCUCAACCCUGAAGAUAUCAUGUGCAGAGAUGUGAAGACCAUACUGAAGAUUUUAUAUUGCUUAUAUUCCAAAUACAAGACCAAAAAACGUGAAGACUGAAAGCAAGACAUAGAUUUUCCUCCUGGUGCAUUAUAGGAUCAAUUUUUUUGUUUCGUUGUGUUUGCCACUUUGCAUGUAUAUCCACCUGUGCUUGAUUUGCCUGCAAACAUGUGUUUAAUGAAACAUGUAUGAGUGGAAAGUUGCACUUAUAUAACUUGGGCUGCCAGCAAUAAAAAUAGGCACGGUAGAUUUUGAUUUUGAUUUUUUUAAAAUAAUUUUGAA